AUGGCCAGGAGAACGAAUUCCCCUACGCCGCCACCGCUCAUCCAAGGCAAAAUCCUCGCCGCCGUCCGAACAAAGCCGAAACCAGUUGAAGCUGCCGAAGUUCCUCCGGAUGCGGAUUUCGAAAUUGUGAUGAUUCCCAAUUACAAUUCGCCGCCGCUGUCGCCGACGUUACGUCUACCAUCGUGGUACGUUCUCGCAGAAAAGGCGGCGGCGGAGGCGAAGGAGAGAUCCCGUGAAGGAAAGCAGCAGCAAGGAGUUAAGAAGGAGGAGGUGAAUUGA